AAGGUACUUCAAUGUUAAGUUUUGUAUUUUUUUUGUUGUAUAAAAUUUCCCAACAAAAUAAAAUACCAAUAUCCUCAUAGCGUGUGUCUUAGGCAAAAAUUUUAUAUAUAAAUUGCUCGUAUAUGCUGGUUUAAGGAAUCUUUAGCCUCUGUCACUGUGAAUCUCAAUUGCAGAGAAAGAUGAGUUUUUGAAGCAAAUCAGAAAAUGGGUCUCCUCUGGAACGUGAAAUCUUCUCUGGGUUUUUCUUUCUCUCUUAGUUUCUCUAAUUUUCAUGGUUAAGAAAACUGGGAGAAUCUUGAGGAAAAAAUUUCUCUCUUUUCUUUGUUGAGCUUUUCUAGGCAAGUUUUCUUCAGGGCAUGUAGUGAGAUUUUUCAGGGUUAAGAGAAAUUAAAAAUGAGAUCUUUUAAUGGAUUAGGGUUUGGUUUGAGUAUGGUUUUUGGUUGUCUCCUCCUAGCUUUUGUUGCAGAGCUAUAUUAUCUCCUGUGGUGGAAGAAGAAAAGAAGAAUGAUAAACACAGAGAUUGAAGAUGAAUACAACAGCUAUACAAAAGAACUAGUUCAUCUUCUCUGCUGGAAAAAAUCAUCUUCUUGGCAAACGAGCACAACCAACAACAACAUCAAUGGCGGAAAUAACAACAGUAAUCAGGAACUUUUGAUGAACCCAGAUGGGAACUGCCAUGAACGAGACCUUGAGUUGGGUUCAAGCAAAGACUUUUUGCUAAAAGCAUUUGGGGAAGAAGGUGUGGAGGCAGAGCUCAUGAGACUUCAUAACCUCGCUGGCCCGCCAAGGUUCCUGUUCACAAUCAAGGAGGAGACGAAUGAGGAUUUAGAAUCUGAUGAUGGGAAAUCCAGAGGUGAAAGGUCAACCACCAGAAGCUUGAGUGACCUAGUGAUGGCGGUUGAUUCUCCUUUCCUUACCCCUCUAGCUUCUCCUCACUUAAAGUCUCCACCUUUGAACAGUUUAGAUACUUUUCAUCUCCAUGGAUUGUUCAAUCCGCUCUUUGAAUCGUCUGGAGAUGGAGAUAGUUUCAGUAGGUUUAGAUCAUCACCUCCUCCAAAGUUUAAGUUCUUGAGAGAUGCAGAGGAGAAGCUGCUGAGAAGAUUAGCGGAGGAAGCGGAGAAGAAGAGGUCUAGUAAUGGAGGUAGGUUAGUUCAAGACUCUGGUAAUAAAGCUUCGAAUGAUUCAACAAUGGCGGUGGAAGAAAUGGAUGGUUCUUUUCUGAAAUUCAUUGUGAAAAAAUAA